AUGACGUCCUCAGCGGCCGGAUCAACCGCCUUCUUCAUCCUCUCCCUACUCACCAUAUGCGGCGCCGUGCUGCUCCUCUUACGCUACUACCUCCCACUUCGCACAACACCUGCACACGUCGUAGUACCCGUCUUCUUGGCAAUAGCACUGCCGGCUAGCAUCGUCGUGCUCCUGCCCAUCGAUCUCGCGAGUAGUGCUGGAUUAGAUACAACGGAUGGCGCCAGAGGCAUAUGGUUGAACGACACGGUCGUGUACAAGGCAUGGCGCAUCAUAUACUGGCUCACGUUUGCGCUUACAUGGGCUAUCUUACCUAUGCUGGGCGAGUACUGCGAUAGUGGCUAUAGAGAGCCUAAGGCGAGAUUGCAGUAUGCGCUCAGAAGCAACGGACGAUAUUGGCUCAUUGUGGCUGGGUGCAGUAUCGUUGGCUCAAUAUACUUGCUUCUAUGGAAUGGAUUUCACGUCGACACUUUCAAGAGUUUGGUUAUGGCGCUGGCGUAUACUUGGGGUCUUAUACUGGGCAUCUAUCUGAUGGGCCAUGGACUUGUCGCGUUUCCCAGGAGUCUGUUUCGAUACGCGAGUGUUAGCGAGAGGUUGAAGAGGAUACAAAGUCAGGCGCCCAAGGUAAAUGAUAAGUUGACGGAAGCGCUGGAGAAGUUGGACCAGUACGAAUACCAGGUUGUGCAGCUCAAGCAGAGAAAGAAUGGCACUGCGCGAGAGUUUCAGGAGUGGAUCGAUGAGUUGGCGGAGAAGGGCAAUCUUCCGGAGAACAGAGCAGGCGUUGUUGGACGACUGGGUACUGCGACAGUACCUCCUGUCAUCACUGAGAGAUACCUAGCGGACCUGACAAGGAAAUUGAAGCGGGCGCGUCAUGCGAAAUGCCGGUUCGAGAACGAAUGGGACCACGUUGUACGGAAGGCAGUCAGGACACAGGCCAUUCUCGAUUCGAAAGCCAGCAAACAUCUUGAGUUCAAGGGCGCCGCAUUGCCGACCUCAAGAGGACUGUUCGAUCGCAUCAAUGUUCUCACCCCUUUCACGCGCUACCACCUACACGUUCACAUCAUCCCCGCUCUGGCCUACGUCUCCUGGGCCAUUACAAUCCUCGCCUCUAUCUCCAUCGUCUGGUCAGAAUGCGUGCGCGAAGCCCAGGAUUUUGGCGGGCCCAAACUCUCCAUCAUCGGCUGGACUGUUGUACACCGUCACGACAACGGCCGGUCGUCUGUCGGAUUCAACAGCCAGAUCAUCGCCGCUGCUUGGCUGUGCUACAUGUGCAUUUGCGCAUUCUACAGUCUCACUGAAGUCAAGAUAUGGGGUAAUAGGGCGCUGGUACGAAGGAAUACCUAUCAAGAGUCUGCGACCUGGUACGGUCUUCAAGUUGCCAAGCUGACGGUUCCACUGAGCUACAACUUCCUCACCAUGACGGACAAGAACAUCUGGAAAGGCACCAUGUUCUACAAGUUCCUCGGCCGUCUUAUCGUCCUAACGCCGCUCGGCGAGGGCUUCAGUGCCUUCUUCCCUAUCUUCAUCCUGGUACCUGUCUUCGCAACGGCCUUCGGACUCUACGGCAAAGUAAAGAACAUCUGUGGCUUCGGAGACCUACUUGACGACGAAGACGAUGAUACAUCAGGAAACUAUGCCAGCACCAGCUCAUGGCGCGAAGGCCGCGCAUUAAUUGAACGCGAAAUCCAAGGUGCAAGCGGAAACGUCCUAGGUCUUUCCCAACGAAGCACUACCAGCCCGCCAAACGAACGCUACACAGACACCCCAGCACCGUCAUCAUCAUCCAGCCUUCCAACCACGAUUGUCGCAAUAACAGCAAACAGCGGCCCAAGCACCACCCGUCCUUCAACAACCCGCCCCGAUCGCCGACGCCCCGCAAUCGAAGACGAAGAAGACGAGGGUAAUUUUUUCGAAAACUUCGCUUCAAGAGUCAAGAACACGUUCGACACAAAUGACUUCUCGUUCCAAAGACCCAAGUGGCUGGGUGGCGACGAUGAGGUCGAGGCUGGACACAGUAGUAGAAGACCGUUGGAUAGGGGUGAGGGGGAUCGCGGAAGUGGGUUUUUGAGCUUGUUUGGUGGGAGGGGGGAGGAAGGCAGGGUUAGGUUGUGA